AAGAUGGAUGAGCAGUGUCUCCCCCUUCCUCAGCCCCCUCCCAUUACUGUGACAGAGAGAAGCUCUCACGUUCCCUCUCAGUCUGAGACCUCCUGUGCCCAACACACCGAUCCCUGCGCAGCCUUCCCCUAGCCCAGCCAGCACCCUGCACUUGCACCCCUGCAUUUGCACCCCUCCAUUUGAACCUCUGCAUUUGCACCCCUAAAUUUACACCCCUCCAUUUUCACCCUUGCAUUUGCCCUGCUACUACUCAGUGGAGAAUGCAAAGACCCAGUGGGGUGCUCAGCACAUUCACCAUAGACUCUCUGAUUGGCAGCCCUCCUGCCCGACAGGGACAUGUGCUCUAUACUGGGUACCCCAUGUUCAUGCCAUAUCGGCCCCUCGUUCUUCCACAGACAUUACCCCCCACCCCACUACCCUCUCUUGGACCCUUGGCCUCCUUCACUGGGCGCUUGAGCAACACUUUCUGUGCCAGCCUUGGGCAAGGACUCCCUUCCAUGGUGGCCCUGACUACUUCCCUCCCCAACUUUCCAGACACUGCAGAGAGUUUCUAUUCACAGUCCCAGGAGCUGGCGGCCCCAGGAGGGGGUUCCCCAAACUUGGAAGAAAGAGGCAGAGAAGCUGCAGCACAAGGAACCCAGGACCCCAGCUCAGAGGUUGCCAAUUACACGGAGCCUUACACCUGCCUGCCAGGAGAUGAGAAGCUGGACAGCUCCGAUGAGGACAAGGUGGAUGGCCAAGCCUCAGAAGCAGGUUGCAGUGACCAUGAGGAGGAGAGCUCGGGGGAGAGUUGUGAUGAGAGCAUUCCUGAUGGAGUAGGAAGUUCUCCAAGGAUUAGAAACAAGGGGAAGGGCACCAGUCAAGCCUCAAUGGUGGAAGGAGUUGGAACCCCAGGGAAGAGUCGGAGGAGGAGGACGGCAUUCACCAGUGAGCAGCUCCUGGAACUGGAGAAAGAGUUUCACUGCAAGAAAUACCUGUCCCUCACUGAGAGGUCUCAGAUCGCCCACACUCUGAAGCUCAGUGAGGUGCAAGUCAAGAUCUGGUUUCAGAACCGUAGGGCUAAGUGGAAACGUAUUAAAGCUGGAAACGUCAGCAGUCGGGCCGGGGAGCCUAUUCGAAACCCCAAAAUUGUGGUGCCCAUCCCAGUGCAUGUCAACCGCUUUGCUGUCAGGACACAACAAAUGGAUGGCGGGCACCCCUAGAACUACAGAAGGGAAAAGGGAGCCACAGUUGAUGGUUUGGGAGACUUUAGCCAAUUGGGGUUGGCCCAGCUGUACAUACUUUGUAUAUAAAUGGAUUAUAUGGGCCAGGGAGCUGACAAUCACAAAACAGAACAUUACAGACAAAAUCAAUACGUGAAUCCCAGGAAUUUUACAAACCACUAAAUGCACUGA